ACGACGAGUCGGAACUCUUUGAAUAAUUUAAUCGGAAUUAUCUUUAUAAUUUUGUAUUAGGGGGACUUCCAUUCCAUCUUCUGGAAUUAGUCCUCCGCCGUUCGUCGGAUUUUUUUAAUAUCUUCCCGUCUGAAUUCUCCUUCGUUUCCUAAUUUUCCUAAAAAUGUUCCCCAAUCGGCUCUGAAAUCCGAACUCCGAUCGUCUUCGCGGUUUCCUUUUUGACUCCGAUUUCGGACUCUGCUCGUGAUUUUCAUCGUUUCGCUUUGCGAGAUCAGGAGCAGCUAUGUCGUGGAAUGUGUUCAAAUUCUGCACGGCACUGCGUGCUCUGGGUUCCAUCAUGAUCCUCUUAGUUCUAGGUAUAGUCGGUCUCUCCUAUUACGCUUUGGUCGUCGCCAACUAUGGUCCGGCUCUCUUUCGCGGAGACCUCAAUUCGCUUACAGCUCUGCUAGUCUUGCUCUUGUUUCAUUCUUUGUUGGUGAUGCUAUUAUGGAGCUACUUUUCUGUUGUGCUAACAAAUCCGGGGUGUGUUCCACCUUAUUGGAGACCCGAAUUGGAUGAAGAGAAAAGCGAUGUGGAUCCAUUAAUGGCAUCAGAAUAUAGUGGUCCAGGUGCAGUGCCAGAACAAGGUGCUGUGCAUGUGCAAAUUGAUUCUGCAAAUCAAAAAACACGAUUUUGUCGCAAGUGCAACCAUUUUAAACCGCCUCGUUGCCAUCAUUGCUCUGUUUGUGGAAAGUGUGUAUUGAAAAUGGACCAUCAUUGUGUGUGGGUCGUCAAUUGUGUUGGAGCAAAGAACUACAAGUACUUCCUGCUAUUUUUGUUUUACACAUUUCUUGUAACAACCCUGGUCACUUUGUCAUUGUUGCCAUACUUCUUAGCUUUCUUUUCCGAUGGUGAUAUAACAGGAACAGCUGGCAGCCUCGCAGCAAUUUUUAUCACAUUUAUUUUGAAUUUAACAUUUGCAUUGAGUGUUAUGGGUUUUCUGAUAUUGCACAUAUCACUGGUGGCAGCCAAUACCACCACCAUCGAGGCAUAUGAGAAGAAAACCACUCCAAGAUGGCAUUAUGACCUUGGUCGCAGAAAAAAUUUCGAGCAGGUGUUUGGAAUGGAUAAGAAGUACUGGUUUAUCCCUGCAUAUUCACAAGACGACUUAAAGCGGAUGCCUAAUCUCGAAGGUAUUGAAUAUCCAAUGAGGUCAGACUUGAAUCUACUUCAGGAAUUGUAGAAUCAAUCUCACGGAAAGUGUGCAAGCUUCCAUUGUUUGAUACAUAACGACUCGAGUGAUUGCAUCAAAGGGAGAGAGCCUGAGCCCAGAAGACAUCAUCUUGAUCCUUGAAUUGAGUGACAGGUCAGUUAAAUAUUAGUAUCUUAACAAACAAUGGUCUUCUCUUAGUCUCAGGUGGUGCGCCGUAUGUGUAUAAUAAUAGUUGGAAAUCCAUUGGUCUGCUAAGUGAUUCACAAAUUGUAUUAGUUUGUGUUCAGUUUUAGCACAUUGUACCUUUUUUUGUCUAAUGUAUAUUUGUUAUCUUUAUGGAAACCACCUUAGUUUUGAGAUGUAGCCUGUUAUGAUGGUCCAUCUGCAUCAUUUCAUGGGGACUCCCACCCCUUGGAAAUUAGUCAUAUUAUUGCAA